AUGUCAGAUUGGAUAUCUACUUUCCCAGGUUAUAAGAAUCUUCUAUCAGCAAGUAAAAAAAUCAUAGGUAAAAUAAUUUCAACUGGUUCUGUUCCAUCCCACGUUGGUAUAAUUAUGGAUGGAAAUCGAAGAUAUGCAAAAUCACAUAAAAUUGAAAUUAAAGAAGGUCAUAAUUUAGGUUUUGAAACUAUGGCUAAUAUAUUAGAAUUAUUAUAUGAAUCAGGAGUAAAAGUAACUACAGUAUAUGCAUUUUCAAUUGAAAAUUUUAAAAGAUCUUCAUUUGAAGUUCAAUGGUUAAUGGACCUCGCGAAAUCAAAAUUUAAUCAAAUAAAUCAACACGGGUUUCUUUGUGAAGAAUAUGGGGUAAAGAUAAAAAUAAUUGGCAAUUUGAAAAUGUUACCUGAUGAUGUGUUGGUUGUUUUGAAAGAAACUGAAGAAAUAACUAAAAAUAAUACUAGAGCUGUACUUAAUGUUUGUUUCCCAUAUACUUCAAGAGAUGAAAUUACAACUUCAAUAAAGAAUGUAGUUGAAGAAACUAUGAGAAAUCCAACUAUAGAAAUAAAUGAAAAUUUAAUAGAGUCAAAUUUAUAUACUAAAGAUAAUCCACCAGUGGAAUUAUUGAUUAGAACUUCGGGAACUUAUAGAUUAUCUGAUUUUAUGUUAUGGCAGGCCGUAUCACCAAAUUGCAAAAUAGUGUUUAUAAAUCAAUUAUGGCCUAAUUUUAAACCUUGGGAUAUGAUUAAAAUAUUGAUAAAUUUUGCAUUUGAAAAAUACUGGUACGCUAAUGAGAAUUCAAAAUUUGUGAAUACAUAUUAUGAUUCGGAAGAUGAAACAAUAACAUCUGAUAAUGAGUAUACGAUGACAAAAGCAAUAUGA